AUGUCCUCUGUCAAUAGCUGGACAAAAGUAGCAGCUGGAGCCCGCCUAGUGCUUGGUGCCGCCGCAAAGCAAACAGUCGAUGAGGCAAGCAUUGUAGCAAAACGAGCCACCAAUCAUGGCAUCGAGUUGGGCUACAAAGCUCGCCAAACGGCAGCUGCAUCACAAAGUAUUCUCGCACAGAACAUGAAUGAAGUAAUGAUGAGAAGGAACAAAGAUGCUUUUUCGACUGAUUCGCAGGAAGCUGUAAGGAAGAAUAAUCCUUAUGAAUCUCAGCUUCGAAAGCAACAGGAGCAACAAAAUCAAGAAGACUUGAACGGCAGCUCAAAUUCAUCUGAGAGUGUCCCAGAUAUUCCAAAUCCAUACCUGCUCCAUGCCGAGCAACCAAUGGCUACACCGUCACCUACUGAGACGAAGGCCGCAGGUGGUGAAAAAUAUGACGACAUCUCUACAACGAGUUCAGCGUCUCAGUUUGAUCAAUCCAUGUCGUCCAACGAAAAUCAAAUUCGUCAACCGCAAGAAGAUCAGCCACAAGAAGAAAUACCAGCUCUAUUGAAAGAGGGAAGAUCAAUUCCAUCUUCUCGUUUUGGCCGAGCUGCGGGCUUCGCUUCCUUAGGUUUUGGAUUGGCCAUGGGAACUGCUUCCGAACUAGCCAGUCGUCUCGUGUCCUCCGAACGGCGUGGAUCUUCUGUGAUUGCCACAGAUGCCAAUGCCGAUCGUUUGGCAGCCACCUUGUGUCGGAUGCGUGGGGCCGCCUUGAAAAUGGGACAAAUGUUGAGCAUUCAAGACGAAUCCCUCCUACCUCCUGCACUUUUAAAAGCCUUGAAACAGGUUCGACAAGGAGCCGACGCCAUGCCAAAUCAUCAAUUGGCCAAACAACUGACGUCCCAACUAGGUUCGGAUUGGCGGGAUAAGUUUGAAUCCUUUGAGGACCUUCCUUUUGCGGCUGCUUCCAUUGGACAAGUUCAUCGGGCCACCAUUAAGGAUGAAACGACAGGAGAAAUACGAAAUGUUUGUGUCAAGGUCCAGUACCCCGGAGUGGCCAAUUCGAUUGAAUCCGACCUUCGCAACUUGGCCAUGUUGGUGACCAUGACUGGAUUGGCCCCUCGUGGCCUCUUUAUCGAGAAUGUGAUCCGAGUGGGUCGGGACGAACUCAAGGUGGAAUGCAACUAUCUGAACGAAAUGGCAAACCAAAAGGCUUUCAAAGCGUUGGUGGCCAAUGACCCUGUCCUUCAAGCAAACAAUUUUUCGGUACCAGACGUAGUGGAAUCUUUGACCACCGAGCAAAUCCUUGUGACGGACUUUGCACCAGGAGGAACCAUUGACAAGGUAUCGCAUUUGGAUCAAGAAGAACGCAAUCGCAUUGGUCGGAGCAUCUUGUACUUGACCAUGAAGGAACUCUUUGAAUGGCGACUGAUGCAAACCGAUCCCAAUUGGGGUAACUUUUUGUACGAUGUUGGUACAAAUACCACCUCUUUGAUUGAUUUUGGAGCGACCCGCGAGUACGACAAGAAGUUUGUGGAUGGAUAUUUGCGCAUUGUUUGGGCCAAUGCGAACCGGGACGAAGAAACCUUGAUGGAAAUGUCAAGAAAGAUGGGCUUCUUGACUGGAGAAGAGAAUGAAGCCAUGCUUCACGCCCACAAGAUGAGUGGAUUCACAGUCGGAGAACCAUUUUGGGAGAACGAACCAUUUGAUUUUAAGGGAUCUCAAAUAUCAACUCGAAUGGGAGAACAUACCUCUGUCUUUUUGAAACACAGAUUGACUCCUCCUCCCGAAGAAGUAUAUACCUUGCACCGCAAACUGGCUGGAGCAUAUAUGCUUUGCAUCAAGCUGAACGCCAUUGUAGAGUCCCGAGACAUGUUGGAGACCAUCGUUUCAAAGCAUGUAUUCGAAGACGGGCUACCACAUCCCAUUCAUGACUAA